UUGGUGCCAGAAGGGAAAAAUCGGUGCAUUAUAACAGACGGCAGGCUCGAAUUCGGUUGCGUUCGGGUACUUCGAUUCUGCUGGAGCCCUCCUACUAAACUCCGGAUUGUCUCUCGGAUCGGUUAGUUCGUGGUUCUUUACGUGGUGAGUUUGAUCGCUGGAUUUAUUUUCGAGACUCUUGUGUUCUCUGCUCAGAUCGAUCGUCGAGUUGCAGAAUUUUCAAAGUUGGCGGAAAUAAUAAAUCUCGAAAGGAAUAGGAAUAUUAUCCUCCUGUCUUAAUAAAAAGGCAAACAAGUGAAGAAGAAAGUAUGGCCCCAUCAGCACCGGUUCAACGGUUCAUUCAGCAUGGAGCCCACAAGGGUAAGGGAAUUGCCGUCUUUACCAGCGGUGGCGAUUCCCAGGGCAUGAAUGCGGCCGUCCGAGCCGUAGUCCGUAUGGGCAUUUACGUCGGUUGUAAGGUCUACUUCAUCCGCGAGGGCUACCAGGGCAUGGUGGACGGUGGCGAUAACAUCGUCGAAGCCAACUGGUCCUCGGUGUCCAGCAUCAUCCAUCGGGGUGGAACCGUAAUCGGAUCGGCCCGUUGCAUGGACUUCAAGGAACGUGCCGGUCGGCUGCAGGCCGCCUUCAACCUGGUCAGCCGUGGCAUCACCAAUCUGGUGGUGAUCGGCGGUGACGGUUCCCUCACUGGAGCCAACCUCUUCCGGCAGGAGUGGGGAAGUCUACUGGAUGAGCUGCUGGCCUCGGGAAAGAUUACCCAGGAUCAGCGCCUGAAGUACAAAAGUCUGCACAUUGCCGGCAUGGUCGGUUCGAUCGAUAACGAUUUCUGCGGCACCGACAUGACCAUCGGUACGGAUUCGGCCCUACACAGGAUCAUCGAGGCCAUCGACGCCAUCGUCAGUACUGCCUACUCGCAUCAGCGCACCUUCAUCAUGGAGGUCAUGGGCAGACACUGUGGAUACCUGGCAGUAGUUGCUGGUGUGAUUUCCGAGGCCGAUUAUGUUUUCAUUCCAGAAUCACCGCCUCCACGCGAUUGGGAGGCAAAGAUUUGCAGUAAACUAGAGCAGCUACUUGGCCGUCAUGGCUUCAUUAGCUAGUGAGGCCGAUUACGUGUUCAUUCCGGAAAGUCCCGCCCCGCACAAUUGGCCGCAAAAGUUGUGUGAAAAAAUCCUUCAGGAGCGUUCGGCUGGGCAGCGUCUGAACAUCAUCAUCGUGUCCGAGGGUGCGAUCGAUCGCGAUGGCAAUCCGAUCACGGCCGAGAAGGUGAAACAGGUCGUCGUCGAUAAGUUGGCCCAGGACACCCGCAUCACGG